AUGUAUUCAAUUGCUAAAGAAAUUAUUGUAGAUCCUUACAAAAGAUUAAAGUGGGGAUUUAUUCCCGUGAAGAGACAGGUGGACGAUUUACCAGAUGAUCGAGAUUCCACAGAGGGUUUAGAUAUCUCUUCUAACACUAUUCAGAGUAAUGAAACAUCUAAAAAUAUUAUUACGACUACAAGUGAGAAGGAUCAGCUACACUUUGAGACAACCAACUAUAGUGAAAAGAAAGGCAGUAGAAGUGAUACUGGAGGUUAUGAAUACAGGGAUGAAGUUGAUAGGCCAUGGUGGAAAUUUUUCGAUGAACAGGAGUAUCGUAUCAAUAAAAAGGAAAGAUCACACAAUAAAUGGUAUAGUUGGUUCAAAGAAGGUACAUCUUAUAAUGAAAAAAAACUAUUAAUCAAACUAGACGUUUUGUUAGCCUUUUACUCUUGCAUUGCUUAUUGGAUCAAAUAUUUGGAUACUGUUAAUAUUAACAAUGCCUACGUUUCAGGCAUGAAAGAGGACUUAGGCUUUCGAGGCAACGAUUUAGUUCAUACACAGGUGAUGUAUACAGUUGGUAACAUCAUUUUCCAACUACCUUUUUUAGUAUACCUAAACAAACUUCCAUUGAAUUAUAUUUUACCAUGCUUAGACUUGUGUUGGUCACUAUUAACAGUUGGUGCAGCAUAUGUCAAUUCUGUACCACACUUGAAGGCAAUUAGAUUUUUUAUUGGUGCUUUUGAGGCACCAAGUUAUUUGGCAUAUCAAUACUUGUUCGGCUCAUUUUACAAACAUGAUGAAAUGGUGCGCCGUUCUGCUUUCUAUUAUUUAGGUCAAUAUAUCGGUAUCUUAUCUGCUGGAGGAAUCCAAUCAGCAGUGUACUCGUCACUAAAUGGCGUAAAUGGAUUGGAAGGGUGGAGGUGGAAUUUUAUUAUCGACGCUAUUGUGUCCGUUGUAGUAGGUCUUAUCGGCUUCUACGCCCUACCAGGUGAUCCAUACAACUGCUAUUCAAUUUUCUUAACUGAUGAUGAAAUCAGAUUGGCUAGAAAACGAUUAAAAGAAAACCAGACAGGUAAAAGUGAUUUUGAAACAAAAUUAUUCGAUUUCAAACUGUGGAAAACCAUUUUUAGUGAUUGGAAAAUCUAUAUUCUAUCUUUAUGGAGUAUAUUUUGUUGGAAUGACAGCAAUGUUUCAUCUGGUGCAUACUUACUUUGGUUGAAAUCUUUGAAACGAUAUUCUAUUCCUAAGGUAAAUCAGUUAUCUAUGAUUACUCCAGGCUUAGGUAUGGUUUAUUUGAUGCUUACCGGUAUUAUUGCAGAUAAACUCCACUCUCGUUGGUUUGCGAUUAUCUUUACCCAGGUUUUCAAUAUCAUUGGUAACUCCAUAUUAGCUGCUUGGGAUGUCACCGAGGGAGCUAAAUGGUUUGCAUUUAUGCUGCAAUGUUUUGGCUGGGCUAUGGCCCCUGUGUUAUACUCAUGGCAAAACGAUAUUUGUCGCAAAGAUGCUCAAACUAGAGCAAUUACUUUAGUUACAAUGAAUAUUAUGGCUCAAACAUCUACUGCGUGGAUAAGUGUUUUGGUAUGGAAAACAGAGGAGUCUCCUAGAUAUCUCAAAGGAUUUACCUUCACUGCAUGUUCUGCUUUCUGUCUUUCAAUUUGGACUAUUGUUGUUCUUUACUUUUACAAACGUGACGAAAGGAAUAAUGCUAAAGAGAACGGUAUCAUACUCUACAACUCUAAAUACGGUGAACAAAAGCCAACAUCAAGAGAAGUCGAAAGUGUAUCCAUAUCCGACGAAAAAUAA